CACGAGUAAGCAAACCGUCGACCGACGCUCGUAAAACGAAUUCGACGCUAUGGCCCCUCACAGCGCUGGCCGCACACAUUAUUCAGAACCGACCAGAAGUUGUCUCGUUCCACUUGGCCUCCCAUGAAGGCGAGGAGUCGCAAAACGGCAGACGCUACGUCCUCAACUUGGUUCACCAACUCAUGACCGAGCUACCGGCAUACGCCAACAAGUACUCUUGUAAACGCCCCCGUCAUAAUCUUGUCCCCUCGAAGUAGUCUCUGGCAAUAGUCGUGCAUGAACUGUCGUUUCCUCUGGACCACGACCAUGGGUGGCUUCCUGCAGCAAAACUCGCAGUUUCCCGAUCUCGACAAGUACAAGGUGCCACCACCACAUUUUGAGACCAUCCAUAAUCCAUUCGCUACUGACUUGUCCAACGGGUCCGCCCAGUGCUGGAAGUGGUGUGCGCACGAACCGCUGAUGCUGGACGCCUUGAGUGCUAUCAUGCACUUUGACGUGUACCAAGCCCAGAAAGCCCAGUCGAAUUGUGGGUCGCCCUUCCAUCUUGCCGAAGGAGAGGUCAUUCUCCCGUUCGACUUGUCCUUGCUGAGCUGGCUCAUGGACUCGCGAAGUGCCGGCGAGUAUUUUGUCGAUGUCGGCACGGGCCACGAAACGAUCGGGUUGGGGUGCUGCGACGAGUACGAGAGCAGCGUGACCAGCGGCAAUGACAUUUCCAAGCUCGAGGGCAUCUUUCCUUCUUGGCGCUUUCGACACAAACUCGAGUCAUCGCAACGCAAGACGUCCACGCAGCGCAUGCAACUGCACAUCGUUCGCCACGCGACGAACCACUUGGAGGUAGGUAUUCGCAGGGGCUUGUUGAAGAAUCGAAGAUUCUUUCACGGCUGUCGAUUUUGUGUGGGGUUAAAAUCCCACAGCGUCAAGGUCGAAGCGUUUGAGAGCACUCGAAGGGGACGACGCACAACGCCUUGUGUGCCAGCAUCCAUUCGUUUGUCGUCGUAGCUUGCGAUGUCAUUCGCCUGGGUGGCUGCAGGCGCAUGUAGGACUCCAAGUGCGAGCAUGCAUUACACCAUGUUGAACUUCUCCCAUGAUAGCACCGUUUACCAAGUGCACACCACACCGACAGGCGCGGACUUGGCCUUGCUACUCGAACUCCCGCCCGUCGUUCCAUUCGAUGUGCAUGGCAUGAACUCGAGGGGCCGUCGUGGACUCCAUGACGUACAGCAGCACGUGGCGCUGCAGUUUGAAAACGAAUCCAACCUUUCGAGUGCCAUGGCUGGCGCUUCCAACUCGUCCUCGACGAUUGCAGUAGAGUUUCAAAAGAUCGGGAUCGAUAGCCAAGACACUCUCCAUGCCGUUGAUGAUAACCGCCUGCAGGUCGUCGGACAUGGGCGACGAAUGCACCACUCAUGG